AUGGGUAAGGUGAUUUUUUGUAGUUUAGGUGUGGUAAUCGGAUUAGGUGUCACAGGUGCAGGUGUCGCAGAUGCAAUCGCGCUAGAUGAAGUUUCUCUUAAAGUCGAUAUUUGCGAUAAUAAAAGCUCAAACUUGUUGGUUGAUAGUGGAAGUCAGAUAAGCAUUAUAAAAAGGGGUCAUGUUAAUCCUAACGCUAGUUGUUACACUGAUUAUAAAGUCGAAUUAAAAGGAAUCAAAAAUAACAUUUCAUCUCCCAACAUAACAUUUUCAUUAAUUAAUUUUGUAACAUUAUUACUCCCAAAAAAACCAUACUUUCAGGCACCACGUCCUCCGAAACAACCGAUAGUUCAAGACUUUCAAUUCUUCCCACCGCGACUUUUUGAGCUGCUCGAUCAAGAAAUCUACUACUACCGGAAAACGUUGGGAUACAAAGUUCCGAAAAAUCCCGAGUUAGGACCGGACGCAAGCAAACAACAAAAAGAGGAGCAAAGGAAAAUCGACGAAUCCGAACCGCUAAGCGAAGAGGAACAACAGGAAAAAGAAAGUUUACUUACACAAGGAUUUACUAAUUGGUCUAAACGAGAUUUUAACCAAUUUAUCAAAGCUAACGAAAAAUAUGGAAGAGAUGAUAUUGAAAAUAUCGCUAAAGAAGUUGAGGGGAAGACUCCGGAAGAAGUUAUGGAAUAUUCGGCCGUUUUUUGGGAGCGGUGUCACGAAUUAACUGAUAUCGAUCGAAUAAUGGCCCAAAUCGAAAGGGGCGAAGCGAAAAUUCAAAGACGAGCUAGCAUAAAACGUGCUUUAGACGCAAAAAUGGCACGUUACAGGGCUCCUUUCCAUCAAUUACGAAUCUCCUACGGUACAAACAAAGGUAAAAAUUACAUGGAGGACGAAGACCGUUUCUUGGUUUGCAUGUUACACAAACUCGGUUUCGAUAGAGAAAACGUUUACGAGGAAUUGAGAGCAGCUAUUAGGGCUUCGCCCCAAUUUAGAUUUGAUUGGUUUUUGAAAUCUCGUACUGCCAUGGAAUUGCAAAGAAGGUGUAAUACUUUAAUUACGCUGAUUGAGAGAGAAAAUCAGGAGUUGGAGGAGAAAGAAAGGGCGGAAAGGAAGAAAAAGAAUCCGAAAGCGGGUUCUGGACUUGGAGGGACGCCUCAAACCUCAUCCAAAACCGGACAGAAAAGGAAGAACGAAUCCACUGGAGGAAUGCCGGAUAAGAAAAAGAAGAAGAAGUAAAAAAGAAAUGAAACAAAUUAUAGGAGUUAAUAAGGAGUAAUGAGAAUUUGAUGUCAAGACGUUUUUUUGGAAAAAAGAUUUUUGUUUCGGUCUUUUUUAGCGUUUUUUUCUUAACUUAAUCUAUAGUAGACUGUCCUGAAUGUGUUAGAUUAUUUUUUUUUAAUACAUGCUAUAAGUGAA